UGGACACAAAAAACUGCGAAAUCAAGGAGAGGGACAGCGCCCAGAAUAACUCUAAACCUCUGCUAACUGUGUGGAGCAUCGCGUUGGAAAUGAGACAGCGGUCUUAUCCUCCGGGUUGUGGGACGUUCAGACAGAGGAUAUGUUCUUCGGUUUGCUAAAGCCACAGCGCUACACGCAACUCUCCAGACAUGCUACAGUAGUGAAAGUCUCCCUGUACUCAGCAGCACUGUUUGAUCCAAGAGAAACGUGCCUUGUAAGGAAGCAGGAUGUUCACGGGCUCCACCAAACUGCCACCCACUAAAACCCCCCAGCCGGAGCGGCUGGAUGAAGUGUACGCUGCCUUACGCAGAGGCUUACAGUCGUACCUGCAGGUGCACCAGCUGGAGCUGGACAGUCUCGGUCAGCAGAUCAGAGAAAACAAGAGGAAUGGUCGUUUGGGGUCUUUGUAUGACCUGGAUAAGCAAGUGAAAGCCAUAGAGAGGUUUAUGCGUCGCUUGGAAUUCCAUCUGAGCAAGGUUGAGGAGCUGUACGAUGCUUAUUGUAUACAGCGGCGACUGCGCGAUGGAGCAAGUAAGAUGGUGGCAGCCUUUAACUCCGCCACUGGCAGCAGGGAGGCCAGAGAGAGCCUGAGUGAAGCCAACAAGGGCUACAGGGAAUGUACAGAGCACAUGUGCUCACUUGAGAGCGAAUUAGAAAGCCAGAUGGGAGAAUUUCAUGUCAAGAUGAAGGGCCUUGCUGGCUUUGCACGGUUGUGUGCUGGUGACCAGUAUGAGGUCCUAAUGCGCUAUGGGCGACAACGCUGGAGGCUACGAGGCCGCGUGGAAGUCAGCAACAAGCAGAUAUGGGACAGUGAAGAGUACAUCUUUCUGCCUCUCGUCACAGAACUGCUGUCUAUCAAGGUGACAGAGCUGAAGAGCCUGGCCAAUCACGUGGUGGUGGGCAGCGUAUCCUGCGAAAUGCUCGACCUGUUCUGCCCCCUACCCCAGACGCUCGCUGUGGAUAUCAAUGACCUCGGGACGGUGAAGCUGAACUUGGAGGUCACCUGGAGUCCAUUUGAUAAGGAUGACCAGACAUCAUCCACCAGUACAGUUUCCAAACGGCUGCUGUCCAAUCAGAGUCCUCCUGACACGCCCUCUAUGCGGGAGCAGGUGUUUUAUUCUCUGCUGAAGCGACAGGGAGAAAUGGAGAACGGGACAGUCUGGUCCAACUCCUCCGAAUCCUCUGAUGACUCCUCCAGCCCAGCCCUGGCUCACCACGCUCAGAGGCUGACGGCCUCCAACAUGCUGCAAACCACUCUCACCACUCAGCUGUCGUUCACACCGCACAAGUCCAGCGCGUCGACGCCGUCGCUCUCCUCCAACCAGGAGGAGGAUGAGACAGAAGCCGGGGAGGUUUUUACUCAGGCGGACGCGGUGCCAAACGGCCAUCCGCAAACUUCCUGCUCUAACAGCCACAUCGGCGAGAGCAGUCCAGACUGUACUGUGACUGAUAGGGCGUCUCUCCAAUCAGCUGACCUCUCUGAGACCUCAGCAGACCUGAGCUGCUCAUGCCCUGAUGUUUCCUCUGUACCUUCCGUGUCGCUGACGGAGACGCCUGAUUUGGCCAAGAGCAGCGUCCCACAAGUGUGUAUUUCAACGGAGGAGGUAAAAGAUGAUGCAUCGGAGCACUCGUCAGUACAGGCCGGACAGACCGUAGCAGAGGACAGCACCACUGAAACAGGAGAGGGACACCAGGUAGAGGAGACGCAUCAGCCCAUUCAUGAGGCGAAACAAGCAGAGGACGCUCUGACGGUUCCUUUUCCCACCUCUUCCAGUUUCAACCAGGAAGUCGAGACAGCCCUCGAGAGUUUCGACUUUCUCAACUGCUCUGACCUCGAAGACGAGGAGGAAAAGGAAAAUGAGCAACAAUGGGAAGACGGAGGAGAGAAGGAGGAGGAGGAGGAGGAUGGGCAACAUGAAGAGAACCAAAACAAAAUGGAGGAAGAGAAAGUGGAGGAGGAAGAAAAGGAUGAAGAGAACUUUUACUCUGGAGGAAGCGAUGAGGAGGAGGCCAACGGUCUAGAAAUCCUUAUGGAAGCUCCAGAAGGAUUUAGGAACUCGGAUGAAGAUCGUUUCUCUGAAUCACAGGAGUCAAGCGUGGAGGACGUGCAGGAUUUGGGCCAGAUAGAAAUGCCCGAGGAUCAGGAGGAGCACAGCAAGGAGAAGGGAGAUGAACAACAUGGAGAGGACACAUCACAUGGUCAGGAGGAGCGUCCCUCUACUCCCAGCCAUUUGGCCACCACUGUCUUCUAAUGACACAGUGGAACCAUAGCUAAACCAUUUCUCUCACUCUGAUCACUGUCUCCCUCUCACUCUGCUGGAUUGGGCCUUGAGGAUGUUCCACUUACUGCUCAGACAAACAACUCUUCCAUUAUGGCUGAGUUUGUGCACAUAUUUGCCUUGUUCUGACCAAGAACGAUAAACCCUGUGACUGAAAGUCCCCCCCGAAAGUCCUAAUUCUUUGAACACGCUCUCCAUCACGUUGCCUGGGUUGAAGGUCCAGUGCGUAGGAUUUAGAGGGAUCUAUUGGCAGAAAUAGAAUAUGAUAUUUACUUAUGUUUUCAUUAGCAUAUAAUCACCUGAAAAUAAGAAUCCUAUUUUUCUUACCUUAGAAUGAGCUCUUUAUUGCUACAGAGGGAGCAGGUCUUCCACAGAGUGCAUCAUAUUGCAACGGCAUUUUUCUACAGUAGCCUAGAACAGACAAACACUGGUUCUAGAGAGUGCGUUUCACAUUUCCAACUGGAAAUCCAACUGGUGGCCUGCGAAAAGUUGCAUUGAAUUAACUUGAGUUUAUUUUCAUUGGCCAACUGUUGCAUUGAGUGUCAAACUGAGUAUUGAGUAUUUGUUUGCUUCCUGGGACUCAUUCUUAAGUAGUCAAACUGUGGGUUUGUAUUGAGCACUGACUGCCUCCUUUGUGGAGGUCUGAGAGUAUUUUCUAGUGAAGUAUCUAGAUAUCAUUAUGAAUUUCCCAUGUUUUUUAGUCUGUUCACACAGAAAAGGAGAAUAUUAGGUCCCGCCCACACAGUGUCUGCUCAGAAAAAUGCUGGCCAAAUCUCAUUUAUGACCCUUGUCCUACAUGCUUGGAAAGGGAGGGGUGAGUAGAGGGGGUACUGAGUUGGUAGGUCUGCAACCUGACUGCUAAUUGCCACUAAAUCCUACACACUGCACCCUUUAAGUGGGAUACCACUUAGUUUACACUUUCAUAAACUGUUCCUGUCAUGUGAAAAUUCAGUUUCCAAAAUGUAUCCAUGUCAGGAACAGCUGAAAGCAGCCUUGUUUUUGGCUUUAUUACAGUGCAUUUAUGAAGUAAUCUAAUCAUUUUGAAAGGGUUUUAUAAGUCCAAAUUGGUUGAUUUCUUCAGCCAAAGAGGCAUACAAUCACUAAGUUGCAUUACAAGGUUUUAAAAACUAUCAGUAUUUGUGGAUAUGAAAAACUAUCGACGUUAUGAUUUUCAGUGUUAAAUCAGUGUACAGCUCGGAGCUCUUUCACUGUUGGUAGGAGGGGAAAAGACUUCAUGAGCAUGUGAUGUUUGUCUUGAAGAUUUGUAUCGCCGUGCUGUGGACAUGAAGUCGUUCCCAAAUCAGGAAUGUACCCUGAAAACCAACAGGAUCUUUUCAUUUUAGGCAUCAGAGACAGUUAGUGAGAACAUGAAGUGCAGAAGUUGCAUCAACCUUCAAAGCAACACCAGGAACAGAGGUAAUAUUAGGAAAGAAUAUAAACACUUGAAGGAUAGGAGUCAAACACUCUAUGGUCCAGUUUUUACAAACAUAAAAACAAUCUGCGGUGUAAAACUAUAUUUAAACCUGCAUGUGUAGCUGCCUCACACUGCCAGCAUGUCUGUAUAAAAAGCUCAACAGUUUAAGUGUGUAAGCUAGACUCCUGCGCAAGGAAACCAUCGGGUCUGUAGCUGUGUACAAAAGCCGCCUCGCGGGGGCGUUAUAGUCUUUCAACAUCAUGCUUUAUGUUGUUCUACAAAAGCCUCGUCAUUCAGAAAGUGCCUCAAGUGACAGAUGUAAGGUUUUAAAUGCCACGACCAGGAGAGAUCAGGCAAAAGAUAACAGCGUUUAUUUUCUGAAUUACUUUAAGAGUGUGCACAAUAAGAGAUAUUUACUGUUUCAUAUAAAUAAUUGUAUAUGUCUUGAAAUGUUAAAAUGUUUAUGUUCAGAAAUGUUUAAACUUUAUAAAGGUUUCUUUGAAAUGAACACGGCUGUUAUGUUGAAUGAAUUAGAAUUCUUUAUUUUUAAACACCCCUUUAAAUUGAAGAUGCAUUUUUAUGAGCAUGAAUGAAUGAUGUGCAUCUGGUGCUCUUUGGCUUUCAGACUGAAAAACUGAAUUUCAAAGGACACUAAGACACUUUUAAUGAGAAAUACAGCUAUUUUAUUCAGGCGAAUUAACUUUGUGUACAUAUGUUGAGAGGGUUGAUGAGUUGUGUUAAUCCACAUCUGUGUGUGCGAUCAUCUUUAGGAACUGUUCAGCAAUUGUAAGUCUGUGUCACAGAGGUUUUUUAAAAAAUUGAUAAAUUCAUUAAAAACACUUAACUAAACUGAAAACAGUUGGAACAAGUAAUGCGUUAAAUACCUAAAACCAGACGAAGUUUAAAAGAGCCCUGUGGCUCAUUUAACUAACGAAGUGUCAAAAUGACCCAAAACUGAGCAUCAGAACUUAAGAAGUCGCCUCUCAGUUGCCUUUGCAAUGCAAUGCUAAACCACUCAGUGCAAUUCCUCCGAAAAACCACAACAAUAUCAUGAAUGAUUAAAACCAUGAUCCUAAACAAAACCCAUUAACCUGAUGUGAGUGUCAUU